AUGGCUUCAAAUACUACAAAUAUACAUAACAAUACCUCUUCCACAGCAGAGAAUGUCACUUUAUCUUCUGCACCUACUUCACCUUCAAUGCCUCCCAAGCACGAGGCCGAACCACCAGACGACGAUGUCGCCGUCGUUCGAGGUCCUCCGCCGCUGCCGUACAACCUUCGAGAACAUAAACUCAUGAUCUUCCUGUUCUGGAUGCUCAUCCUCACAGAGUGCACGCUCAUCCCCAUCAUCUUUUACUUUUGCAUAGCCAACUUGACCGACAUGCGACCCGGCGCUAUGUUCGCCAUCAUCACGGCCAUGUUUGGCUUCAUCUCGGGCGGCGAGUAUGGACUAAGAGGAUUGAGGCUGGCGUUGAAGAAGGAUACAUAUCGGCCGCUAUUUGGGGCAGGACGUUGGAACUUUGAUACGGUGCAUCUCGUCCUCGGACAGCCCUACUUUGUCAUGACGGCGCUCAUGAUCGGCUUCAGUAUUCCUGAUCCACCGAUAAUGAGAGGACUGAGUAUCAUCAUGCCGGUCGGUAUCCUCAUGGUGACGAUAUACAUGAUGUGGACUGGCAUCGCGCAUCACUUUGGCUGGCAUCUUCGCCAUCAUCGUCUCAGCUCUCACGUCGUAGGCCAAGUCUACCCGCCUUUGACGUUCUGCAUCAUGGAAGAUAUCACAGCAUGCGACGGCGGUGGUGGUAAGGAAUACCGCGAGGCAGCGCUGAAAAGGUACAACGCGUCACCUCGAUUCCGACGGAUGUUGGUUGAGAUGCUCUGGGGUUGGGCCAUUACAGGGUCGCUUUUGAGUAUUGCGCUUAUUGCGCUGGCGUGGACUUUGCCAGUCGAAAUCGCGUACACGCUAGGAUGGGCUGUUCCGAGUGUUUGGGGCGCAAUUGGGGCAUGGGUCACGAUUAAAUGGGGGCAGAGGAGUAUUAGGAUAGAGAAUGAGAAUUGGGAGAAAGAUCAUAAAGUGGGUGCAUAA